AUGUUAAUUGAUCCUAAUGGCAAAAAACUUUAUUGGUUAAUUGUUGAUAUUUCUGCAGAGGGAUUAAAUAGCGGAAAUUUUGCUGAUUCAAUAACUGUAGCUAAUUAUAUACCUCCAAUACCGAACAAACCGGGAGAAUGUUUUUAUGCUGUUUUUAUGCUUUUUCGGCAACCUAAAGCAGUUGUCGAGCCCUUGGCUGAUUUUUAUGAUUUUAAUCAUCCAUUGAGGCAAAACGAAUGUAAAGAGGAAUUAUGUGAAUAUAGAAUGGAUUUUGAUAUAGAACAAUUUAAAGCAAUUCACAGACUACAAUUCUCGGCAAUUAAUUGGGCUAAAAUAUGUUUUGAUUUAUUUGAAGCAGCCCGGCAAAUUUCAAUAAUUUGGAAGAGACCGGAAAUAGUUGAGGGAAUUGACAGGACAGCCAAAACAGGAGGAAACAGUAAAGGAAUUGUUAAAGGAAGAAAAAUAAAUUUUUGGAAUACAAAAACAGACAAAGCACAACAAAUCGAAGCAAUAUGUAAACAUUUUCCCGCAAAUCUAAACAAUAAAAAUAAUUAUCAGUCAGAAUGUUUAAUAAAUGAAUAUUUAAUUACUACAACAUCAUCAGCUAAAAGGACAUUUUCUAAGAAUAGAAUUUUAUUAAAUUUAAUUGUUAUUUUGAUGUUUUGGUUAUUAAUUCAGAGAAUAAGAAUUUUUAGAUGA